AUGGAGGGAACAAUCUAUGAGGAAAAAGCUGAAGGGGUGGGUGAAUUCUCGGAAAUCUUCCUCCGGCCAAUUGACCUUUCCGACGCUGAUGAUUUCAUGGUGUGGGCUGCAGAUGAAAGGGUGGCCUCCUUCUGCCGCUGGGACACCUACACCUCCAAGGAAGAUGUCAUGAACUACAUAAAGAGCACUGCCAUUCCCCACCCAUGGUUCAGGGUCAUUUGCCUCAACUACAAAGCAAUUGGGGCUAUUUCAGUGACUUCAAAUUCUAAAACCACUGAUAGGUGUAGAGGGGAACUUGGGUAUGCUCCGGCCUACAAGUACUGGGGCAACGGAAUCGCCACCCGGGCAGUGAAAAUGGUGGCUUCGACCAUAUUCCAAGAGUGGCCGCACUUGGAGAGACUCGAAGCUCUAGUUGUUGUCGAUAACCGGGGCUCGCAGAGGGUGUUGGAGAAGGCUGGGUUCAGGAGGGAAGGGGUCCUGAGGAAGUAUUACGUUCUCAAGGGAAAACCUAAAGACAUGGUGAUGUUUAGUCUUCUUUCCAUUGAUGCUGCAACAUCCUUUUCCUAG